AUGGCACAGACGAAUAUGGACCGCGCUCUGGGAGCUCUUGAUGAUUACGUGAAGCUGAAUACCGAGGACAACACGGCUGAGUUCCUCAAAGACUUCCUGAAGGUUCUCCAACCGUUUCCUGAAGGUCAAUCAACUCUCGCGAAUGACAUAGCCAAACUCACCACACCGGCCGGCUCCCCUGACCACCCAAGACUGCGCCAAUUAGUCCAAAAUCUUCGUACUGCGCUUGUGAUCCCGCUGAAAGCCAAAGGAGGCAAAACACCUGCUAUCACUCCUUCUCCCCGUCAAGGCGUCGAAGACUCUAUCGAAGACCUCAGAGGCCUAGACAUCAGCCCUAUCACCCGGAGCCUACAACGUGUUCUGGGAAAACACUGCCUGGAGAGAGAUGGGAAUCGAUGCGUGAUCACAGGAUUUCAUCUUAACCAUGAAGGGGCCCCAAGGAAUGCGCGGAUCGCUCCUCUAGAAGCAGCGCAUAUAAUUCCAGUCGCCCUUGGUUCGUUCGACAAGUAUGACCCAGAAUCUGUUACCCGCCAUCGGACCCUUUGGAAUACUUUCGCGAGGUACUUCCCAGCUGUUGAACGAUACUGCCAGGACUCUACUCUGAUUAACGAAGAACGCAAUAUUCUUACGUUGACAAGUACGCAACACCGGGAGUUUGGAGAGUUUCGACUUGUACUUGAGGAGACCAGAGUUGUGAACCAAUACAAGGUUAAGACUUUUCGCGAUACAUACUACGAAGCCAAACAGAACAUCCCAAUUAGCAAAACUAUCAAGUUUAAGAAACAUGCAGGAGAGUGGGACUUGCCCGACCCGAUGCUGAUCAAAGUUCACGCCGCCAUCGGAAAUUUUCUCCAUAUGUCGGGAGGCGGGGAAUCUAUCGAUAGAAUUCUCCGAGAAAUUGACGACCACGAUUUAUUUGCCUCAGAUGGAAGUUCGAACCUCGCAGAUCUUCUACAAGUCAGUUUAUCAUUGAAUGAAUCUCGACGCAACCAGAUGGCAGAGCGAGAACAAACGGAAGAAAAGCAGCAGCAGAGGCGGGCGCAAGGCAAAGGGUCCAAAACUGAGAACCAGCCGUUUACUUAA